UUAAGAAUCAACCAAUUGAGAAUAAUGGUAAAUGAUUGUGUUUUAUCAUCCGUUGAUGAUGUAGAGCAAAAACUUGUCAUAGCUAAGCAGAACCUAAUUACAUUAAAUGAUAAUAUUCGACGAUUUGUUGGUCGCGUACCAAAGGAGUUGAGAAUAGACAAACACAAACAUGCCGAUGAAGUCAAAAAGAACGAACAUAACGAAAGAUCAUUUAAAGAUAAACGUCGUUCGUUUGAUUCUAACUAUGGAGAUGCUCGCUUCCCUACAGACGAGAGUGAACCCCGCUCGGCAAGAAUCAACUCUCGAGUUAUACGGGAAUUACCAUCUAGAAAAGAAGUUGUUGAAGCUCAAGGGACCGAUUCCGAGUCAAUAGCUCGAAAUCGUCGCAUGUUUGGUUCGCUUAUUGGAACUUUACAAAAAUUCUGCCAAGAGGAGUCGCGUCUAAAGAUCAAAGAAGAUAAAAAAGCUGAAAUAGAAAAGAAACUGGAGAGGCAAGAACUUCAGGAGCGGACAAUGCUAAGAAAAGAACGAGAAACUUUGUUUUUAAAUAAAAAACGAAAGCAAUUUGAAAUCAGAGCAUUGGAAUAUAAAAUGGCUAGGCUAAAGGAUUUUAAAUCUUGGGAAUCGACAUCUCUUACCAAAAAAAAUCAAAUUAGAACAAAAACUAAACCGCAUUUAUUUUUUCGGCCACAAAUACACACCCCUCGUACAGAGAAACUGCUACUUGAAUGUAAAACGUAUGUAGAAUGUUUUAUCCAAAGCAGACGUGAAGAACUACACGCAGAACUACGGGACAUGGAGCGUUUAAAUUACAUCAAAAUGCAUGAAAAUAACGAAAUUGACGAAAGCAUCUAUGAAGAACAAUAUGAUGAGAUGGGUAGUGAAAUUGCAUAAUUAGAAAAAAUAAGUUCAAUAAAAAGUAACAUUGCUGAGACUCGUUU